UCUGUCAGACUAAUGGGGGCAUGAUGAGAGAGUCUAUCAUGGCUGUUUCCUUGGUACGGUGGCUAAACAGAUUGAAUGUUUUCUUGUUGAUUUGUCCACUCUGUGUCUCAGCCUUCUUGAAUCUAGAAGAGCUGAAUGAGAUGAAAUAUGGGAUUCAAAUUCUUCCCGAUCCCGUCAUGUUGGGGCAGACCAAGGCAGAGGAGGUGAUGAUGGUGUCCAGUAAGUACAAGCAGCUGUAUGAGUGUCGACUUCCAGCCCAGGCCGUCCGGUUCCACCAGGACUCAGCCUCUGAGCCGGAAUCACAUGGGUACACUGGGCCGGACAUCCCAGAACUACUCAGUCCAAUGCACAGUGCCCAGUGUCUGGUGAAGACGAAGGACUGGUGGACGUAUGAGUUCUGCCAUGGUCGGCACAUCAGACAGUACCACCUUGAAGACACAGAAAUCAAAGGGGACAUUCUCUUCCUGGGUCAUUAUGAAUCUGAAUUUGAUUGGAGUAAUGACACAGCAAAGGCCUCGAAACAGCACAGACUGAAGCGCUACCACAGCCAGUCCUAUAGAAAUGGCUCAAAGUGCGACCUCAUUGGAAUUCCAAGAGAGACUGAAGUCCGGGCUAAAGACGUGGACUAUGGCAGCUUUGUGGGUCUGAUGGGGCGGAGAAGUGCUGCUCACCCAAACAGACGCAUGGCGCACACUCUCGCUGAUCUGGUGAAUCACUGGUGUCAACGCUUUCUGCAGUGCGACAUGUAA